UCUGGUCGUUCUCAAAUUCAUAAUACUCUUAUAGCCUUGUGAAAGAGGGUGGGAUAUUGAAUCAGGUCGAUUACUUGGUGUGUGUACAUGGGUAGUACUGACGUUCGAUAUGGUAGAAUGUGUAUCAACUCUACCGGUAUGUUGAUGAGUGUCUAAUAACUAAGUAUAUUAAUGCGGUAAGAAUUGAUUGAUGUUGUCAAUGUCUCCCGGUACUCUCCGGACGUCCCGUACACUAGUCGCGCGCACCAUUCCGGCACGAGAUGUAGCAGACGAUAAUAGCAGAUCGAAAUGACUAAAACGAACUCGAAGACUACAAACAUCUCCUUAGUGGCAAACUACUUUUAUACUUCUACUGAGCCAAGGCCCAUUGAACGUGUGAUAUACUUCCAUGGAUUUGUGCUUCACCGACAAAAUCGUCAGUCACAUGGAACCGCUAACUUACAGCAUCAGUUAGAUACCUGACGAUAUGUUUAGUCCCUGACAGCGUCGCCACACCAAAGGUAUUGGAUAGAUUCGGGAUCUUGGAAUUUAAAGCUGUAUAGAAGACCUGAUUUGGAAUCGAUUUCGGAUACUGCCAGAUAUGACAGAGAAUAACUGAAGCAGACAAGAUGAAUACUACAAUUGACUUAAAUACAUACGAGUGUUCCGGGGAAGGAUUGCUUCUCCCAGCGAUCAACGAAUAUACAUGGAGCAUUGGUGCACGUACAUUUCUCUACCUUCUCGGUAUGUUAUGGUGCUUUUUAGGAAUAGCCAUAGUAGCAGAUACCUUUAUGUGUGGAAUAGAAAAGAUAACCAGCAAGACACGCAUAAUUCAGAUCCCGGACCCGGACAUUAAAGGCGGGGUCCGAGAGGUGGAGGUUAAGGUGUGGAACGACACGGUGGCCAAUCUUAGUCUGAUGGCGUUCGGAACAAGUGCUCCGGAGAUUUUACUGUCUGUCAUAGAAAUUUGUGGUAAAGGCUUUAAGUCGGGGGAACUUGGCCCCGGUACUAUUGUGGGAUCUGCUGCAUUUAAUCUUUUCGCCAUUACUGCAGUAUGUUUAGUGGGUAUACCAAAGGGACAGGUACGCAGAAUCGGCAACUUAGGUGUGUAUGCCGUCACCACGUGCUUUAGCAUGUUCGCGUAUCUGUGGAUGAUCGUGGUUCUAAUUUUAAUCAGCCCUGGAGAGGUCCAACUGUGGGAGGCUAUCCUCACCUUCCUCAUGUUCCCAACACUCAUCCUUGUGUCAUUCGCCGUCGACAAAGGCUGCUGGUGCAGGAAGAACAAAACCUCGUCUGAGGUGGAGAUCGGUAUAGGCUAUAAGGAUACCCGAGACUUUUCUAAUAACGACGACAAAAAUCGAGGCGACAAUGAUAGCGGAACCGGAACUGCCGACAUUAUACACAUGGCGCGCGAGCUAGGGCGGAACAAGGACUUCAGCGAAGAGGACGCAGCGAGGCUGGCUGCAGCCAAACUGGCUGAAAAUCAACAUCAUAGCUCUCUAUGGUACAGAAUACACGCCACAAGAAACAUAACAGGCGGCCACAAGCUGGUGCCACAGAUCAACAAGGCACUACAGGAACUAUACGAACAAUCUCAAGAUAAAAUUGCCCGCCAAACUAACGAGAUGGGUUCACGCCAGAGCCUGUCCAUGAUUGAUCUGACGGAAGGCGGGAACAAGGCCGUCGUCGAGUUUACAGCGCCCUCGUGUGCCGUACUGGAGAACGAAGGAAAUGUCCGCAUAGGAAUACGAAGAUACGGGUGUUGUAAACACCCCGUCAAUGUAUGGGUAGAGACUAUUGACGGGACAGCUGAGGCCGGAAGUGAUUAUAAACCACUAAAGGAAAAGGUUCAUUUUAAAGCAAACGAGACUUUAACAAACGUCCACGUGGUGAUCGUUGAUGACGAUGUUUGGGAGCCGGAUGAGAUAUUUUUCGUCAAACUAUGGCUGGAUGAGUCAGAUAAAGACGUGGUACUAGGGAAGACGGCGAUCAAUCAGGUCACCAUCAUCAACGACGAUGAACCAGGAAAAUUUGAAUUUUCGAAACCUAGCUACAUUGUAAACGAGACUUCAGGAAAAGCGCAGUUGUUUGUGAACCGCGUGAAUGGUGCUGACGGGUCCGUUACGGUCUCAUGGCGGACGAGGGACCUCACGGCCAUUAACGCUAAGGAUUAUAUAGGAGGGGAAGGCACACUGACGUUCGAACACGGCGAGACUAGCAAAGUCCUGGUGCUCACCAUCCUCGACUCGGGGCUUGUCGAGAGAGAACAUAGCUUUCAAGUUGAGUUACUUUCUCCGACAGGAGGGGCUGAGAUCGGCAGGAUAGGAAAAGCUAUUGUUACACUUGUGAACGAUGAAGAAUUUGAGGGCCUCGUAUCUCGGAUAGCCAAUCAGACUAUGAAGAACCUGGACGGUCUGAGACUAGACUCGUCGUCAUGGGGAGAGCAAUUCCAUGACGCCAUGAAUGUCAAUGGCGGAGACACAGAAAACGCAACUGUACUCGAUUACGUCAUGCAUUUCUGUACAUUUUUCUGGAAGGUGAUGUUCGCCGCCUUAAUUCCACCCACGUCCAUCGGAGGGGGUUGGCUUACCUUCAGUUGCUCACUGCUAGUGAUCGGCUUCCUGACUGCUAUUGUCGGUGACCUAGCCUCAAUAUUCGGAUGCCUGAUAGGACUAAAGAAAACAGUGACCGCUAUUACGUUGGUGGCACUCGGCACAAGUAUGCCAGAUCUGUUCGCUAGCAAACAGGCUGCAAUAGGGGAGAAAACAGCGGAUAGUUCUGUUGGUAACAUCAACGGAAGCAAUGCCGUCAAUGUGUUCCUUGGUCUAGGGCUACCAUGGCUCAUAGCAACCAUCUAUUGGACAAUACAGGGGAAAAAAUUCCUGGUAUCAUCUGAUGCUCUAGGCUUCACCGUUGUCGUGUACACCGCAUGCGCAGUUGUCACCCUGGUUAUACUCAUGAUCCGGAGGAACGUUGCCGUUUUCGGUCGAGCGGAACUGGGUGGACCAUUUAGACCCAAAGUUUUCACCGCAGUUCUCAUUUUGUCCUUGUGGUUUAUCUACGUCAUUUUAUCGUCAUUGAAUGCGUAUAAAAUCAUCAAUGUCUCCUUUUAAGAUGGUGAGAUUCCAUCUGAUAUUGGAACAAUUUCGCUGACAUAUUCGGAGUCCUCGGGGUGUUACUUUGUCACUAGUUACUCGGCACUCUCUCAUCACAGUGAGGCCGUUUUGAUAUAGUUUUAGUCUGAAAUUAUUAAUGAUGACAUUCGCAACACUUUUAGUAUAAUUUUGCAUUAAGAAUUUACUAUAAUUAUCAUAUCUUUAUUGGAUUUGUUUAUUUAUUCAUAUUUUAACACUCACAUGGUGUUACCGGUUUCAAGUCUAGCCAUUUUUAGUUUACUUAUCAAUCAACUUAUAAUGUUACUAUUUUACCCUAAGCCUUCAAGCGAAGUAAAGUUGCUUCAGUACUACUGAGUUGCAGUUUGCAGCAGGAAUAGUAAAAUGGAUAUAUUCCUACCAAAGUUAUUCUUCCUGACAAGAGUUCGGUAAAAUAAAUUCAAAUCGUCAGUCCUAUAUAGCUGAUAUUCUACAAAAAUACUAUUCAUAUGAUAAAUUUCGCCUUUCUAUUCAGAAAAACUCAAAACCAACUCUCCUGCACGAUUGUGUCUGAUACAUAGACAUUCUUUAACAAGAUCAAAACAAAUCCUGUCGGAAAGCAAACAUAAAUCAUUCCAAUUAUUCAGAUGUGCGUGCAGAACACGUCUAGAGACAAUUGUAGAAAUUGAUUGAUAGAACGACUAAAACAAUAGUUUUCGUUUGUAUACUAUCGCCCGCUGUUCCAAUCGUGAGAAUAUUGAAUUAACAUUAGCAAUCUAGGUCUAGAAAUGAGUGACACUGCUGACGUUAUAAAUCUAACGACAGCCCCGAGCACGUGACUACUGAAUGGCUGUUUUGAUUGGUCUGUGAUAUAGACGUCGUCACGUGGUGUAUGUAUUCUGAUAUUGUAUAUAUUUUAAUUUGAUGUCAACUUUCAAAUAUGGCAGUGCAUACGCGUGUGUGAUAUGAUCAUUUUGUUAGCGUUCAGGUGUCACAUUUCAGGGUCGUUUAUUUACUGUUUUUUUUCUUCAAAAAUGUGUUUACUAAGUCAUCUCAAUAGUUUUAUUUGUUGAGACUAAAAUGAUUUCCAUUGAAAUGACUAUACUGUAUUGUUUAUCUGGCAUUAAAAGCUUUCAGUUCAACCUGGCAACACAUAGCGGGGGAUAGGUAAUUAAUGACGUCACUAUGUUGACAACAUAACGGGGGAUAGGUAAUUAAUGACACCACUAAGUAGACAACAUAACGGGGAUAGGUAAUUAAUGUCACCACUAUGUAGACAACAUAACGGGGAUAGGUAAUUAAUGACGUCACUAUGUAGACAACAUAACGGGGAUAGGUAAUUAAUGACAACACUAUGUAGACAACAUAACGGGGAUAGGUAAUUAAUGUCACCACUAUGUAGACAACAUAACGGGGAUAGGUAAUUAAUGACAACACUAUGUAGACAACAUAACGGGGAUAGGUAAUUAAUGACGUCACUAUGUAGACAACAUAACGGGGGUGGGUAAUUAAUGACGUCACUAUGUAGACAACAUAACGGGGGAUAGGUAAUUAAUGACAACACUAUGUAGACAACAUAACGGGGAUAGGUAAUUAAUGUCACCACUAUGUAGACAACAUAACGGGGGAUAGGUAAUUAAUGACGUCACUAUGCAGACAACAUAACGGGGAUUGGUAAUUAAUGUCACCACUAUGUAGACAACAUAACGGGGAUAGGUAAUUAAUGACAACACUAUGUAGACAACAUAACGGGGAUAGGUAAUUAAUGACGUCACUAUGUAGACAACAUAACGGGGAUAGGUAAUUAAUGACGUCACUAUGCAGACAACAUAACUCGGGGAUAGGUAAUUAAUGACGUCACUAUGUAGACAACAUAACUCGGGGAUAGGUAAUUAAUGACACCACUAUGUAGACAACAUAACGGGGAUGGGUAAUUAAUGACGUCACUAUGUAGACAACAUAACGGGAGAUAGGUAAUGACAUCACAAUGUAUAAUAUAUAGGGCCUACGUGUAUCUUGGAAAUUGGAAAACCAUUAUUUUGCUUGAACUUCAAGAUAAAGUCCAUGAUAUAUACAUAGUUAAGCCUUUUAUUCUGUUUGGUUCCUGCCCUUGUGAUUUUGUGUUUACUGAUGGACAACUGCCUUGUUAGCUUCCCGUGUGCAAAACCGUGAUAAUAAUAUAAAAAAAACCGAGAACAAAUAAUGAUACCUGCAUAUUUGAAAUGUUCAAAUCAGAUCGACGAAUACCAUCAGAACAGAACCAAGAGAACAGCAGUAUAUGUAUCCGGGCAGUAGUAGUCGUUAACUGAUCUAUAGAGAUUCGAGGAAUUAAAACAUGGGGGUGAGUGUUUCGGAAUGUCUUGUUAAUUGUACAGACUGUUACUGCCAUUGACGUUUUAAUGUUAUCUAUUAAGAAAUUGAUUAAUGAACAUUUUAUCUUAAACUUGUAAAUGAUUUGUUUCAUAGUUAUUUCGUUUUUAUUUUUGUACUUUUAAAGUACGAUCUAAUACAUCAAUAAAAUGAGAUAGAUGGGUACACUGA